CUUCCAUCCGAGCCUGAGGACAGAGGAGAUGCUCCCUCCCACUUGAUACUACAAACGAGAGCAAACAACAACAACAACCGCCAUACCAACAACCAGACGCGAUGGCCUCAUUCAUCCGCGCAAAGCAGGCGGGCGUCCAGACGGACCUGUCGCAAAACAUCCAGCCGAUGCACUUUAUGCCCGACGAACAAGCCCGCUACGGCAUCAACUCCCAGAUCAGCUGCCUUGCCUACGACCCCGUCCAGUCUUUGCUGGCAGUCGGCACCAACGAGUCCAAGUUCGGCCCGGGCAAGAUUUAUGUCUUUGGUCAACGUCGCGUCCACAAGUUCUUCUGCCCACCGCGCUCAUCGUCCAUCCGAGAGCUACGCUUCGUCGCCAACCGCCUCAUCAGCCUCGACAGCAAGAACGAACUAGCGAUAUGGAACCUCGACACGGCCAACCAGGUUGCCAAAAACGUAUACUCGGGCGUGGUGUGCUUGGUGACAGACCCCAUGCUGGAUUGGGCUUUUGUGGGAUUACAGAGCGGUGAUAUCGCAGCCUACGACCUCGACCGCGAACGACCCUCGACCUUCCGCAUUCCCAACUUUUGGCGCGAGCGAGAUCCCAACCCGACCGCAGGCAGACUCGUGUCUAUGCAGCUACACCCGAGAGAUAUCGGCAAGAUCCUGAUUGCCUACAUGAACGGCGCCGUCAUCUACUCGUUCAAGCAAAAUGUUGUCCAGAAAUACUUUGAAUACGAGCUUCCAGCUGGAGCUCCCGGUGGUGAUGGCCACGGAAUGCACACGGCCCGGAAACCCAAGGUUGUCCAUGCGGCCUGGCACCCCACGGGUACCUUCAUCUUGACUGCUCACGAAGACGGCAGCCUCGCCAUCUGGGACACCAAAGAAGGCCGUCUCGUCACUGCCAGGUCUCUAUACCACACCAAAGUCAACGAGCCCACCUCCAACCCACCCAGACCGAUGCGCCUCGCGCCCUUCGUCCGUAUCUCCUGGUGCUGCCAAACCGAUCCCGACAACACCGGUCUCCUCAUCGCCGGCGGCCACAACAUCGACGAUCCCACCGCCAGCAACCUCACCUUCCUCGAACUCGGUCCCACCCCGAUCUAUGCCACCUCCUCCUGGGAAGUUCUCGCUGCCCACUUCGACGGCAAGCGGUCCCUUCCCAUCUCCACGCCUCCGGGAGCGAGCGUAGUCAAUUAUGUUCUCAUCCCGCGCUCAUCUCCAUACUUCAACGGCGCUCAGGACCCCAUCGCCAUUUUGGUCCAGCUCUCCUCGGGGGAACUGAUCACCUUGACUUUCCCCUCUGGCUUUCCCAUUAGCCCGACAAACAUGCUGCACCCCUCCCUGUCCUUCGUUCACCCUUUUGUGCAAAAGGUUGCUGUCUCAACGGUGCCGAGGGCACGAUGGCUGGGUAUGGCGGAGAAGAGGAGCUUGGGGGAGCAGAUACUUAGGGGAGGAGUGGAAUACAGUCACAGAACGAGGAAAGAGCAGAGGAAUAUCGUCCAGGUUUUGCACGCCGAUAACAUCGUCCGCUUGUGGGAUGUUGGGAGGGGCGAUGAGAUCGAGAAUGCCAUGCAGUGUCAAGUGGACGUUGCUAGGUCUCUCAACCGAUUUGAGGGCGGCGUGGAAACGACGGCUAUGCACAUGGCGCAGGAGACGGGAGAGUUCGCGGCCGGCACGAAGACGGGCGAGGUGAUCGUCUGGCGGUGGGGAAUCAACAAGAAUUUUGGCAAGGAGGAGCCAAGAGCCGGGGAGUGUGAGAGGGGAGGUUUGAUGGAUAUUUCUUCCAGAGCGGAACCAAGUCUGAAGGAGGGCUUGCAGCCGUUUGUCAUGCAUAAUAUGGCUCAGGGGAGAGUCUCGGUGGUGGCGGUGUCGGAUGUGGGGUUCGUUGCUGCCGGAAGUGAGGGCGGGUAUCUUUCUAUUAUCGACCUGAGAGGGCCAAAGGUGAUUCACCAUGGCUCUGUCACGGAAUGGUCUAAGGGAGAGAAGAGGGGGCUGUUUAAGCAUUCGUCUAGCUCCAGUCACGGAGGCAAACCGGAGUGGCCGACGGUCAUUGAGUUUGGAGUCAUGACGCUCGAAGGGGAGAACUAUUCGAGUAUCUGCUGCUUCGUGGGCACGAAUCUCGGGAGGGUGGCUACUUUCAAGUUGUUACCUUCUGGCCAGGGGUAUUCGGUCCAGCUGGCGGGUGUUGCGAACAUGGACGAUAAGGUGGUGGCUAUUUGUCCUAUUGAUGUGCAGACGGGACGGGAGGCGGGUGCCACGGGGUCUGUUGUUGCUGGGUUGAGGGAGGGGAGACAGAUUGAUGGUGUCUUGGUUGCUGUCACCCAAACAGAAUCCAAAAUCUUCCGCCCACCCCACGCCCGCGGUGCAUCCAAGUCCUUCGACUCCGGCAUCCUCUGUGACGCCGCCGCCGUGACCCCUGCUGACACCUCUAUGUCGUCUCACGGAUACGCCCUCGUCGCCGUCUUCAACGACCGCACCCUCCGCUCUUACACCCUCCCGGGAUUGCGCGAGAUCGCCAAGCGUCCGUUACCCAUGCUCGACCCUCUACGCACCCUAUCAACAGUCAUCGCCAAAACCGGUGACGUUCUCGGUUUCACCGGCCCCUCCGAAAUUACCGUCUUACCAGUCUGGGGAGGAUCCGGCAGAGCGCUCGAAAACACCCUCGACACCAUGAUCAACAUCACCCAGGAACUGCCACCCAGACCAACAAUCUCCAACGUCCAAUGGCUCUCAGGCACCCAAUACAUUUCCCCCACGGACCUCGACCUCCUAAUCGGCGGUACCGACCGUCCCCCCUCAAAGAGGAUGAUGGCAGCAACAGACGCAGAACGCAGCGGCGCCGGAGUCUACAACCCUGCCGCCGCCGGUGCCGCCGGGUCAAGUACAGCAAGAUUGCAGGGACAGGUAAAAGAAACGGAAGGAUGGGGCGAUUAUCUUACCCGACAGCUGAAUGAGCGCACGGAAAAGCUGAAUAUUAUGGGCGAUAGCAUGGAUAAUUUGGCGAAUUCGACGAGUAAGUGGGCGGAGGACGUGGAUGGGUUUGUGAAGAAGCAGAAGAGGGAUUUGUUUUUGGGGGGGAUUAAGAAGAGUUUCUUUUGAGCGCGUGCUGUGUAUGCGGACUGGAACUGGUAAGGUAGUUUUGGAGUUGGGAGUUAGCGUUUGGGUUGGACCAUGGUGGUUAGUCACUUGAGGGCAGAUCUUAUGUGUUGAGUUAAUUGAUAUCUUG